AUACUGGCCAUUUAAAUGAGCGGCCUCAAAUGGUUGAAUUACCCACCGCACAAACACCCAGGCCUGCCCGCCACAGCUCUCUCUCCCUCCCUCUCUCGAAUUUUAUCUACGCGUUUCAACCUGAAUUCACAGUCUGUAAACCCUCAAUCCAUGGCCACAUCGACGACCGGCGAUGGCUCCGGCAAGAAGAUUAGGAAGCCGUACACCAUCACCAAGUCCAGAGAGAGCUGGACCGAGGAAGAGCACGACAAGUUCCUUGAAGCACUUCAGCUGUUUGACCGUGACUGGAAGAAAAUUGAAGAUUUUGUGGGUUCAAAGACAGUAAUUCAGAUUCGAAGUCAUGCCCAAAAGUACUUCUUGAAGGUCCAAAAGAAUGGGACAAUCGCACAUGUGCCUCCUCCUCGCCCUAAGCGAAAGGCGUCUCAUCCUUACCCACAAAAAGCAUCCAAAAAUGUUUUGGUGCCACUACAAGCAUCCAUGGCUUAUCCUUCUUUGCUAAAUAAUCUUGCACCAGGAUAUUCUCCGUGGGAUGACACUUCCAUGCUGAUAAAUGCUUCAUCAAGCAAAAUUGUGACAUCACAUGAUGACUUAACUAGUCUUCAUGGAACUGAAGCUGAUAUCGCAUCAAAGGUGGCAAGGAUUAGUAACAGUGGUUUUAGUGGCAUUGGAAGCUCAUGUAUAACACUUCCAUGUUCUGAAAUACCAAAGCAAGGGAAACAAGCUUCUAUGCUUCAUGGUAUACCAGAUUUUGCUGAAGUUUAUAGCUUCAUUGGGAGUGUUUUUGAUCCAGAAACCGAUGGCCAUGUGCAGAAGCUCAAGGAAAUGGAUCCCAUAAAUUUUGAAACUGUCGUGUUGUUGAUGAGAAACCUCACUGUUAACUUGACUAGCCCUGAUUUUGAGCCAUAUAGGAAGGUCCUGUCAUCAUAUGACAUCAAUAGCAGAACAGGAGUUACUGCUGGAUUUGUUGCCAAGAAGCAGACCAGCGAUUUAUCCUGUUGAACUGUAAGUUGGUGGAAUUUAAUGGAAUUUCUCCAUUUCCGUAGCUGGCACCAUUAGACUACAGGUGCAAUAGGUUCCUAAUUUGCACUUGCUCUGAAUCUGAAAGUUCAAGAAUGUGACUAUAUAGCUGUAGCCAAAAGAGUGUUAAGCGAUGCUGAUGGAAGAACUUUCAGUUCAUCUUCGAGGUCCACAAGGACCUUAAUGUCCAGUGGCCUCAAUGGGAAAGGUUUUUUUGCUAUUCUAUUGAUUUGGCCUUCAACUAAAGCUGUCUGUAUAUCUUUGUGAGAAUUUCUUUGGUUGUAGUCUCUCUUAUACAUAUAUAUAUGUAUGUAAGAAUACCAUUUCUGAUAUGUAGGAUUGUCUUUCUAGAAGUGUAACCUCAAGAAUUUAUGUAUAUUAAUUGUUGUUUCA